AUGAAGCUUCGCUCCACAGAGGCUCGCAUCCUCAUGCUGAGUCUUGCAACCAACACCGCGAAAGGAACAGACUGCGCAGUUGACCAUUGUCUUGCCAGCUACAGUUCAGCCCUCCUCCCACAUCAAGAAGAGUCUCUCAACGAUUUUUGCACCACUUUCGCAAAGAACCCCGACCCGCUCUCAUUGGUCCCACAAAUUGUGCUUGACGCCUGUCAUGCCGAUGAAGUUGAACAUGUCAACUCUGAAAUCCUUAGAGCCUGUUCUUGCGUCACGCAACGUCCGGCUGUUCCCACCUUGCGCGAAUCUUCAACAGCAUGCUCGGUUGUAAGCGCAACUUGGCUCGCGUAUGAUUGCAUCACCUCAGUACCACUCAACAAGUCCGGCGCUCUCAAAUUUGUCGACGAGCUCGUGCCCUAUCUCGAAUGGCAAUCAAAUCUUGCCUUCAUCAAAGAACCGCCGCCGGAAUAUUUCUUUCCACCCCAUGAUGUCUUCGACGCACUCGACAACAUCCGCCAGAGGCUCGAGGCUGAUGAAUAUCUCAACGAAUAUUCAUGGCAGCAUGACUUGUUCGUCGAAGUUCUAAGCGCUGCGCAUGACGGGCAUUUGUAUGUCAAUCCAGAUGUCCUGACCAACGCUAUGGAGUGGGCCAGACCAUUUCCUAUCAUCUCGAUCAGCGAGGACGGUUUCUCGGCGCCAGUCAUCAAAAUCUACGAUGAUUUUGCAUCAUCACCCUCAACCGCGUCAGCAGUGUCGCUCAUUAAUGGUGUUGAUGCAUCAACAUUCAUUCAGAGCCACAUAUUCGAUGUGACGGCAAAUCAAGACGCUGAAUCGGCCUACAACUCCAUGUUCUGGUCGAAAGCAUUGGCCGCUGUCAAUAGCGUGGGCUCUUUCCAGCAAGGCGGCCGCACACGAUAUAUCUACCCCGGCGAGACAACCACAUUCACCUUUGAGAAUGGGACGGUUUUGGAGCUUCGAAAUAUUGCAAGACUUAAGGGGGACUUGAAUGGAGUAUAUGAUGGCCGCACAUUUUUUGAAAGAUUUGCCCCUGGCGCCUUAAGUCCGCCCGCCACGACCUCCUCUACAUCCAAGACUGUGGUUUCCAGCGCCCGAUCCACUUCCUUGCCAUCGUCAUCACCAACUACGGUGAAAGGAUACCCCAAACCAAUCAUCUCUAGCAAGGACUCGAUCGUCUCGGGUUACUACAUUGAUGAGGCAGGUUUCGAAGAUGUGGCUGUCCUCGUCAUGCUGUCAUUUGGCCCCAAAAGCCCUGCGGAAUUCCAAAGCGUCGUCGAGGCUUUCUUCGUUGCUGCUGUUAGUGACGGCAAGACCAAGCUUGUGGUUGAUCUCCAGGUCAAUAACGGCGGCUAUAUAUUCCAGGGAUAUGAUACAUUUCGCCAAAUCUUCCCAGACAUAGUGCAAGAAGGCACCGGGCGCUGGCGGUACUCUUCGGGUUUCGCCGCCGUAUCCCAAGCAAUCUCAGAGAUCUGUAACGGAUAUGAUCCCAACACGGCCACUGAGAAGCUGAUACAACAAUGCGAAAGCGUUUUCAACUGGAGACACGACCUCAACAGGCACCUAGAGACGUUCAUCUCAUAUGAAGAUAAGUUUGUCACUAAGGAACAAAGGAGUGACAACUUCACAAACCUCUUACAGUGGGAUUUUGAUAAUCCGCUCUCGACUGUCAACGACACAUUUGGUAUCGGUUAUCAGAUCACGGGAUACGGAGAAAGAAAGAAUGUUACUCGACCAUUUGGCGGACCCGAGAAUAUAGUCCUCCUCUUCGAUGGUGUUUGCGCCUCAACGUGUUCCUUAUUCUCCCAGUUCAUGAAAUGGGACGCGGGGGUCCAAAGCAUUGCCUUAGGUGGACGUCCCGAAACAAAGAGCACGAUCCAAGGGGUCGGCGGGGUCAAAGGCUCACAAGCCUAUUCAUUCAAGAGCGUAUUUGCCUACGCUCAGAUCGCAAAGGAUGCGACCAAUGACAGUACUCUGCUCGCAGAGUUGAACCGCUUGACCACAUACGUUGAAUCUCGCGCUUCUUCUACGAGCAUCAACGUCAAGGAUGAGAUAUUACGUCAGAACUGGGAAGACGGUAUGCCGGCUCAAUUCGUGGCUGAGAACGCUGAUUGCCGUCUCUAUUGGCAGGCCGAGAUGCAUCAAGAUGUCCGGAGUAUCUGGAAGGCUGCGGCGACGGCCGCUUUCAAGGGAGGCAGAUGUGCUUUUGGCGCCAUCAAGAACAAAGUGGCUAUGGAGAAGAGUGAUGAAAUUCGCCAAGGACCUCUUCGCCUGCGUCAUCCCCGAUCUCCUAUGGCCAGAACACUGAGGUACUCGCAAGUAGCCGACUAUCGGACGCGGGCCGCUUAG